AUCCGGAAGAAGCCAUUAAACAAAUUCUACUUAACAAACAAAAAUCCUCUCACCAUUUCACAUUCUCCUCAACAACAGGACGGAGCAAAUAUGUUUUCCAAGUUGAUUCUCUUUGGAUUACUAGGACUGGUCUCAGCGAGUGGGUGGUUCAACGAAUACUUUUGGUGGUUAGGUAAGCGACAGGUUUGCUAUGACGACUAUGGGUGUUUUUCCAUCGAUCAUCCGUUCUCUAACACUGAAGGACAUUUACCCGAGUCCCCGGAAUAUUUAGAUGUUCAGAUACUGCUCUACACCAGACAAAACAGACGCCAAGCCAUCGAUGUUACCAAUAAUGUCGGGGAAACUUUUGAUCAAAAUAAAGAUAUUAAGAUUAUCAUACAUGGGUAUUUCAAUACAAUCGAAGAAAGAUGGGUAGCUGAAAUGAAAGAUGCAUUCCUUGAAAAGGACGACUUCAAUGUUUUUAUACUAAACUGGGAACGUGCAGCAGGUCGUUUAGUUUAUCUUCAAUCUGUAGCAAACUCAAGAUUAGUUGCUGCAAUAACUGCUAAAUUUAUCAAAGACUUACAGAGAACUCACAAUAUUAAUGCAUCUGCUAUACACAUAGUUGGGUUUAGUCUAGGAGCUCACCUAGCUGGUUAUAUAGGGAAUGCUGUUGACGGACUUGGCAGAAUCACAGGAUUAGAUCCCGCCGGUCUACAGUUUGAAGGACUAAAUAUAGCAGUUAGACUUGAUCCCUCAGAUGCUUCAUUUGUCGAUGUUAUUCAUACUGACGCUGACCAAUUGUUCAAUGCUGAGAUGUCACCAGGAUUUGGUACUAUACAGGCUAUGGGACACGUAGACUUUUAUGUGAACGGAGGAUCCGACCAACCUGGAUGUGCAAACCACAUGAACCAACAUCUUUUGCAAAUACUGAAAGGAAAUUUUAAUUACAAGGAAAACUUUGGCUGCAGUCACAUGAGAUCUCUGGACAUAUUUACAGAGUCUAUAAAUAGUAACUGUACGUUCCGGUCUUUCCCAUGUGCAUUGGAGAUGUUACAGCUCGAAUCAUGUUCAACGUGUGAAGAAUCCGGAUGCAAUAACAUGGGAUAUAAUGCAAUGAACACCAAAAACAGAACUUAUCUCACGAUGACAAGGGCUGCACGUCCAUUUUGCAUUUCUUGAAAAGUUUAAAUGAACGAAAUUACUCAAUAUGGACAGUACAAAACAAGAAAUUUAGAAGCUGUAUGAACAUAUUUUUAUUUGGUUAUAACAUUGUCCAAUAUUGAGAACAAUUUGAAAAAAAAAAUCAAGUUAUAAUAGAUUAAAAGACAUUUUAUUAAUAAC